AUGGAAUUUACCACUUCUAACAUCACAACUAACGAUAACAAUGUCAGAUCUAGCUCAACCACUCCAGCUGACUCAGGACCUGAUCCUGGAUUCAUUCCAUUUGAAUGGUCAUUCGAUAAUCAUUCGAGCGGGUAUUCGUCCACUCUGAGGCAACAAUACAUCAGCGUCGAGAUGACCCCUACGCAAACAAGUACGAAUACAUCGUAUACCAUUCCAUUCGAAUUUCAAGCUGCGAACGAGAAGGAGAGAGAAGAUAAAAAUAUGCGAUCCUCUUGGACAGUAUUCGCACCUCCAACGAAGAAGGAUGGAAAUCCGUCUUAG